AUGACGGGGUGCUGCGAGUGCGGGUGCCACAACCGUCACAGCGACGGCAAGAAGUUAAUUAGCAUUCCAUCCGGUAAGCACGACACGGCUCGCCGGAAGGUUUGGCUGUACAGGAUCGGCCGGCCGAAUUUCAAAUCGGCGCAAUCGACACGGCUUUGGGAGGUUCACGUUACUGACGAUCAUUUCGAGCAACUUGUUUUUACAAAAUUUGGCGUGAAAAAGUUGAAACCAGACGCUGCCCCAAGCAUUUUCGUGCACCGCAAGCAGCCAACACCUCGAAAACCUCCUGCCAGACGCGAUGCAACGGUCAACAAUCUGGCUUCUGCUGCCCCUUCACACACUGCAACGGCAAUGCAGGACGCCAACUCUCCUCCACGUGGCGACUCGGGUGGCCAGCUGCCGCACUGCUCUUGGCAGGACCCGCAAGCUCCCGCGUCACUGGAUGCAAGGCUCGAUGGCCCCCAGAUGCUGUUGGCAGCCGCAGCUCAUGUCGAAUGCAAUGUAUCGGACUACAGAAUGGGUUGUGCUGCCCCUUCACACACUACAACGGCUCCGCAAGACGCCAACUCUCCUCCACGUGGCGACUCAGAUGGCCAGCUGCCGCACUGCUCUUGGCAGGACCCUGAAGCUCCUGCGUCAUUAGAUGCAAGGCUCGAUGGCCCCCAGAUGCUGUUUGCAGCCGCAGCUCAUGUCGAAUGCACUGCAUCAAAACACAGUGAAGCCACUACACAUGACGGAGACAUGGACAGUGAUGUCGAUGGGUCCUCCGUGAGAAACCAGCCUAUGUCUUGGGAGUUUGUGGCUGCCCUCCACAGAAGGAUCAAGGAGCUUGAAGAUCACUUACACAGAACACAACGGAAGUUGUCACUUUCACAGCGGGAGAAGAACAAGGCUCUUCAAGAAAAGAACGCCAUGAGGACGCAAGUUAAUCGGUUUUUGGCGCCCGACCAGCUGCAGUGAAUGGAAACGUCCACGAUGAAGGGGACGCCGUGGUCGACACCAACCAUCGAGAAGGCAUUGAAGCUGAGGUUGUCAUGCGGAUCCCGGGGGUACAACGUCGUCAGAGAGACUGGCACACCACUGCCGGCUGAACGAACCUUGCAAAGACAACUCGAGAAGUUCAAGUUUGCACCGGGCAUAUUGCACGAGAUAUUAGAUUCCCUCGCUGUCAAAGUGAGCCUCAUGGAAGACCACGAGCGGCAUGCUGUUCUCAUGUUUGGUGAGAUCCAGCUCAAACACGGGCUUUCCUACUACCAGGCAAGCGGCAGAAUAAUCGGCAGGCCAACUAUAUCCUUGGCAAAUGGGGCUCUUCCAAAAGAUGCUAUGGCUAAGAAGGGUUUUGUUUUUAUGUUGGGGGAUGUGACAACUCGCUGGAAGCAGACAAUAGCGUACCACUUCACUGGAAAUUCUUUCAGCAGUACAAAGCUCAAAGAGGCACUUCUUUCCAUUCUUCGAGAGUGUGAAAAAAUUGGUCUCAGAGUGGAUGCUAUUGUCUGCUACAUGGGAGGUGGAAUUUAA